AUGACAGAAUCGAUAGUGUGGAAAUACGCUACUGAGCACGAGCUGGCAGAGUUAGCGGAACAUUAUUCGGUUGAAGACUGCAAGAGUGUGGCAGAAUCAUUUUCAGCUCGAUCAAACGUCAGCAUUUCUUGUUUUGAAAAGUUUCAGUCUACUUUGCUCACGCACAGCGUUAAUCGAUCCCCCAAUAGCGUGGGAAUAUUUUGUCGCGAAGAGGUGGAUAAAAUUGUGGACUAUGUUACUGACUCGUACUAUCGACACUUUGAACUUUACAAGUGCAUCUUUACACCAUACAAUCAUUUUCACCUCAUUCAGCGCGAGAUCAAUGACAUCGAGAUACCAAAUAUCCCGCAUCCGCUAAGUCAGGGAUCCUUACAAUCAGUCGAGCUUUAA